AUGUCCCUCAAGAGACUUCCACAGCUUCCGGCCAGACCUUCUAUGCAAGUCAGCACGGAGCGCUCACAAUCGAAGCUCUCUGCCUCUGAUUCAGGCUCUGCUUCUGCCACGCCUUCUCCGACCUUUUCGACCCAAGACUCCCGCUCUUCUACCAACCUAUCUACUUCCGUAAGCGACCCUGAUGAUUACGCCGACGCUUGGGCUCUGCAAACCAUGUCAUCAGCAACAGCGACAAUGAGAUCCAAGUCUAUAGCACGAGAUUCUCAUCCACCCUCCGAAAAUGGAAACCGACGAGCUUCUGGCCGUGUUCGAAAACCCACGGCCAAAGCUCAGGCGUUAAAUGACAGCAAAUCUCACUCUCACCCAGUCUCCGAUACUAUCGUGGUAAGCUCAUCGCCAGUCUCGGAAGACCGCUCUGCCCACAAAGAGCGGCCAUCCACUCCUCCGUCCAAAAAGUCCACCGCCAAAGCUCUGCCCGGCCUGGAGAUUCCAGAGAGUCCAGCAGCAGUCCGUGUUAAUGGUGCCACCACGCCACCCAAGCUUGAGGCCGACCAAGAUGAGAUGUUGAUCCCCGCUGUGGAGUCACCAUCUCGCAGACUAUCUCAACGUGAGAGAAAGCCAACUGCCAAAGCAUUGUCGACAUCUAUUACCCCUCAAAAGCGUCCGGCGGUUGAUUCCCAAGAGAUUCCUUCCCGCAAAUCGGCGAGGAUCUCAUUCCUUGGUCCAAAAGUUCCAUCAAAGCUACGCUACUCGAUAUCUUCGGCACAUACCGACAAUGAUGACCUCGGAGACGCCGAGAUAGCUGGGACUCCACCCAAGAAGAAGUCCAAAGUCAUCAUAUUGAAGUCGAAGAGGCUUUCGGACGUCUUUGGUCUAGCCCCGCAGCCUGCUCAGGGGGUUUCCACAUCAAGUGCCACAGAGGGAAAGUCUCUAAGCCAACCAGAGCCCAGUCACACAACUUCAGGGAGCGCUGCAGAAGUUCCCCAAGCGUCAGACACUCAGGAACCUUGUAACCUGUCUUGCCUGAGUCCUUCAAGUCGGCUUCUUGCUUUUGCAGAAAUUGCUCGACAGAUGCCAGAUUCGGACGACGAGGAUGAGGUCGUGCCAGGAAGUCUGCAGGAUUGGCGCAUCUAUACGCAAGCUUGGUGUCAAUGUGAAAAGAAUGAGCCACUGCAGACUGAUCGGACCAAUUCUGUGGAGCUGGCACGAGCGCUAUUGCCGAACAAAGUGUCUGAAGGUACACUGUACGAUCCGGUUGAUCUCACGCGGUCAGUAUCCGAAGUAGAGUUGUUGUCGACACCUGUCAAUACGAUCAUUCGUGCCACAGACGCAGAAAGACUUUCUCAACUCUUCACAAACCCCGGGCAUGGGCGCGCCGCUCGAGGUUCGAACCCGUCUCCGGUCACAACCGGUCACCGUCGACCGAGUGACGUUUUGGUGUCUGAGCCGGUUGGGCCGACAAGAAGACGAAGCACCAUCCGUAUCGAUCCACAUCCGCAAAUUUUACAGCCGCCACAGCCAUCAAGUCCAAUGAAGAAAGCAUAUGAGGAACCCCUGAGAGAUGAUCGCAAUGCUUUGAGCGAUAUUCGUAAGAGAGCAGCAGCACGAGGAAUCCAAUGGAAUUUUAACAUGACUUUCGACGAUAUUCAUGCCUUGCUCAUGGAUCUGGAUGAACGUCAACAAGAAAUGUAUCAACAUCAACCGAUAUUGAGUCCUCAUCCGGAAAUGCGUGGCCCUACCUAUGAUGUUCAUGAGACACACGGCUCACCGUCUGGAUUUGGCAUGCUUCUCCCACCUCGAGCAAUCCCCAAUGGUCCGCAGUCUGGAAAUGGCCGACAACGACGUCAAGACACAUGGGUUAGCUAUUCGUUGAUGAAUGGACCAUCGGAUUUCAACCAUGGACAUGGAAUCGUCAAUAACACGAGCUGUGUCGAAGAUGGUGAUAUGGCCAUGACUCCACCACGACGUUUCUCUUCUCCUGGCCGACCAAAGAGUUCGCGAUUUAGAGUGGACCCAAGAGGACUGCGAGGAGAAUCACCAGGACCUGGAACAAUCAUUAACAUCGACGAGAAGAAGAAUGGGACUGGCAAACAGGGGAGGAGAUCAAGAGACUAA